GAAAGUGUCAACUUUGUGUAGACCCCCUUGUUUGCUGGAGAGGGAGGAGAAAAAUAUUAUUUUUUUAUUAGGGGAGUGGGUGAGAUUGGAAGUGAUGGAGAGGACGGGAAGCAGCGGGAGAUUUGAGGGGGAAAAAUCUGGGAAAGAUGAGAAGAGAGAGAGGAACGGCUAAAAAAAGGGGGGAGCAAGAAAGGGCAGGGGACGGCUAAAAAAAAGGAGAUAUUUCAGAGAAGUCGUGGGAAGGAAGGAGAAAAGAGGGGAGAAAGAAAAAAAGAGCAAGCGGGAGGAGGAGAUGCAAAAGAAAUCAGGGGAAGUUUGAGAGGGCAUCUAAUACAUUCAAUUAGCGGGACUGAGGAGGGACGCAGAAUCCAAGGAGCAGAAGUUGGCUGAGUAGUGGAGUGCAAAGCCCUUGCGCCUCACCAAAUUUAUUGAGCAGAUGGGAUGCAGACCCAGGCUUGCCGAGCCAAAUGGCCGGUGAGGAAGGUGUGUUGUCUACAGUUGGCAUAUCAGGGAGUCAGUUUAGGAGUCGGUUGAGUCUGAAGUCACAUUCUUGGAGGAGAGUUCGAGGACGAUUGAUCAGAGCCGAUUCAUAUCCGAGUUCAGAUAGUUCAGUUGAGAUGUCAGACGAGCUAGCUUCCACACUUGCUUCCAUUCAGGAGUUCAUGGCCGGAGUCAGUAGACGUUUGGAUCAGUUAGAGAGUUCUCGCCAGGAUCCUCAUCCGGCUGGCGUGGUCACUGACGAGACGAUUCCUCAUGCAUCUCAGACAGCACAGACUCGUCCACCUGGGGUUUCACUUGGUACUCCAUUCCAUCUGGUAGAUCAUUAUGAGACCAUUCCACCACCUACUGUCACAAUGCCGCCUCCCAUGGUUCCUACUAUUGGGGAUACUCGAUUGGCCGAGCAGGAGGCCAAGGUUGAGAGGCUCGAGUCCAUGAUGAGACAGAUCAGAUUGCAAGACGGAGGUUUGACUUGGGAUGACAGAGAUGGCAUACCGGCGGCUAGCUUGCCCGCCAAGUUUCGCAUGCCAGACAUUGAGCGCUACAGUGGGAUUGGUUGUCCCAAGAUCCAUUUGAGGCUAUACAGCACAGUCAUGAGGGCGCACGGGAUAGAUGAUGCACAGCUGGUGGCCCUCUUUCCCAUGUCACUUAGUGGGGCAGCUCAGAGAUGGUUUGCUUCAGUUGAGCCUUCGAGACUCCGCACUUGGGAGGAUGUGGCUCGUGAGUUCCUGACCCAGUUCGCUUUCAGUGCCGAUAUUGACGUAUCUAGACGAGAGUUGGAGGUCACUAGACAGAGGCCAGAGGAGUCUAUUUCUUCCUUUGUCACUCGUUGGAGGGCAAAGGUGGCUGGUAUGAUAGACCGGCCUAAGGAGCAGGAUCAGAUUGAUAUGGUUCUUCGGAACCUACAGCCGAGGUUCGCUAGGCGUCUUGUGGGUAUCCCGUUUCAAGAUCUCAGGAGUUUGGUUCAUGCUGCUUUCAGUGUAGAGGAGGCUAUGGCUCGAGGAUUAUGGACAUAUACUGCUACUUCCCCUGACAGUAAGGGGAAGAGAACGAUUGGAUCAUCUACCAGAUCUGGAGAGGUUGGUGCUAUUAGCUAUCGGCACCAGAGGCCCGCGCAUCACUCAGCUUAUAGGCCUCCUACAGUCAGAGCUCCUUUCUCUCUUCCACAGUGUCAGUAUCAGUUGGAUUAUGCUCAGGAGCCUUACAUUGCUCAGACUAGCAUGCAGCCGCGACCACCACAUCCGAGAGCCGCUACUCACCCACCGCCUAGACCAUAUACACAGAGGCCCCCGAGACAGUUCACUCCCUUGGGCAUGACCUUGACUAGAGCUUUUGAGAAGCUCAGAGAUGCUGGAGUGAUUGCUCAUUUGGCGCCGAGGCCUUUGCCCCAUCCUAUUCCUCCUCAUUUCCGUUCACAUGAGCACUGCUUGUAUCAUCAGAUUCCGGGGCACGAUACUGAGCAUUGUUCAGCAAUCCAUCAUGCGAUACAGGAUUUGAUCGAUUCAGGGGUGGUUGACUUGGCUAGGCCAAGUGUGACCACCAAUCCCCUGCCUGCACAUUCUACACACGCAGUUCCUCCUCCUCCUGGUCUUCAGUAGAUUGAUUUGGAUGUUGAUGGUAUUGAUGGUCGCAUGGUAUUUUGGGACACCUCGGGUUGGGGACUUUGUUUCAGUUGACGUGGGUACAUCAUUUUGCAGCGAUUUAGCUCAGAGCACCUUCCAUUUUGAUUUAUGGUCGUCAUCAGAGUCGUUCCCGAUCUGUCGGGUCCAGUGUUUAGCUCAUCAGAGUCGCUUUGUCGAGUCCAGUUUGGUUCAGAGUCGUUGUUUGUAGUUCAUGUUGAGAGUCUAGUCUUUUGUAGUCCUCUAUCGCUUCACACAUGAUGUACUCAUUUGGUUCAUUUAGUGAUAUGAUCUUUUUAUUUUGAGUA